UGUGCCUUUUUGUUGUGAAGCAGCAUCUGCAGUUCCAUGUUUCUGCAUCUUCACACAGAACACUUGCAGCCGGAUUACAUUCAUUCCCCGAGACGGCAGCGUGAGCGGUGUACACACGCGGUACUGCAGGAGGGGGUCAGCAGUUCAGGGAAAGGGAAUCCUCUUUUGAACCAGGAAGAGGAGGAGUUAAAAUGGUUUCGAACGACCAGGUCGAGAGUUGGACCGCGGAGAUAAUUUGUCCCAUCUGCCUGGAUUUCUUCACCGAUCCCGUGGCACUGGAGUGCGGGCACAACUUCUGCCGCUCCUGCAUCACACAGAGUUGGGACAGGGAGGGGAGAAACACCUGCCCGGAAUGUAGAGAGCAGUUUACAGACCGCACCCUCAGGGUGAAUCGGGCCUUGGCGAGACUGUCUGAGAAAGCUCGAACACUGAGCCUGAAUCGGACAGAGAAGGAAAGUAAACUUCAGUGCGAGGAACAUCAGGAAGAACUGAAGCUGUUUUGUGAAACUGACAAGAAGCUGAUCUGUGUGAUGUGUGCAGCCGGGCAGGAACACAAGUCUCACAGCUUCACGCUGAUAGCAGAAGCUGCAGAAUUCUACAAGGAUCAGGUUAAUGCUGCCAUGCAGUCUCUCACAAAAAAGGAAUCAGAGAUCCAGCAAAUGAAGCAGCAACAGAAACAGAAGAUUUCUGGAGUUCUGAAACAGUCACACAACCUUCAUUCCAAGAUCACAUCCCAGUUUGCUGAACUGCACCAGAUUCUCACUGAGAAAGAGCAGCGCGUACUGGCAGAUAUCCGGGAGGAAGAGAAGAAGAUUCUAAAUACCAUGGAGAAAAAUUUUGGAAAGAUUGAAGAGAAUUUAAAAUCUAUUCAGGAGGAACUCUUAAAGUUGCAGCAACAGAUGGAUCAAAAAGACAGUGUGGUGUUUCUGAAGGAGGAAGUUGGUCGCAAGCGAAGGGUUCGUGAUGAAGCCAAGCUGUCGGUGGUAGAUGAAGCCUUGCCGAUUGAAAAGUUUAAUUGCCCUCUUUCGUUCAACAUGACAUUCAAAGAAAUAUCUGAUGACUUCAAACAAGUCUCCAUCACCCUGGAUGUGGAAACAGCGCAUCCGGAGCUCGAGGUGUCUGAGGAUCGGAAGAGGGUGAGAUGGACCCGGACCCGGAGGAGUCUCCGUGACACCAUGAAGAGGUUUACAGACUGGUCGUGUGUGCUGGGAUCAGAGGGAUUCACAUCGGGGAGACAUUACUGGGAGGUGGAGGUGGCGGGGAGUUGGCGCUGGAGGCUGGGAGUCGCCGCUGAGUCUGUGGAGAGGAAGAGUCUGGCCACACUGACCCCGGAGACUGGAGUCUGGAGCAUCGAGCGGUGGGAUGACGGGUUUGAUGCAUUCACCUCCCCUCCAUCCCGUCUCCCCGCCCGUCCCAUCCCCAGGAGGCUGGCAGUUUAUCUCAGUUACGAGUCCGGGACAGUUACAUUUUACGACGCGGACACCAAAAACCCAGUGGACAGCAGGUCAUCGCUGAACGGCUCCCAUUUAAUCCCCAAAUUACACGCCGUAAAUCCCCAGUGA